AUGGUCCUUGGACUAGUGCUCUUGAAUGGAGAAGCCAUGGUGGCAUACAAGACUGUUCAGGGGACGAACAGCUUUAAACAAUUAGUUCAUCUUACCAUACAAUGCAUUGCUGUUAUCUUGAGUCUUGUCGGUGUAUGGACUGCUUUGAAGUUCCACAAUGACAAGGGCAUCGACAACUUCUACAGUCUGCACUCGUGGGCUGCCUUGUUGCCAUGGCAUGUUUUCUUCGGGAUUGCCGCACAAGCUGGUCAAAGUUAUGGUCGGAGAGCGGCUUAUGAGCGUAGCGAUCGUGGAUGGAGGGGGGAGGCAGUGCAGGAAGCUUAUAAACUUUCCCUUUGGUUUCUUUCGUCUAAGCGGUCGGAUUGA